AAAAAUAUCUCCGACUUGAAAGCUAAAACCGCCAGUUCCCCUUCCCCACUUCUGAGCUCGAAACAAUCUCAGAAAUGGUCGAACGAUAUACAGAUGACACAUGCGCGGAGGCUCUUGUUGCCGUUUAGGGCAUAUCUUGUUGGUUGUUCUCGUUCGAAUUCAUUGUUCUACUAUCCAAGAAAUACAGUUCAAUGGAACUAUGAACAGUUGAAGUUGUGGGUAAAGGGCUUCCAACCUGUCCUGCAGGACGGUGCGGUAAGAUUUCAAUAUCGAUUGAUUUCCCAAAGACGAUGUAUUCAAACUCUCUGCUUUUCAGGAAUAACAUUAAGCAUGGGGAGUAUGUCUGUCCAGGGGUCAUUUUACCUUUGGCCACGUGUUGCAUAUGCUAUGGAUGGCGAAAAGAAUACAUUUGCUGAAGAGGAUAAUACAGACUUGAUCGGUGGUCCAGGCCUCUUUAAAGAUGAUCCAUACUCCUUUCGGGCAUUGGCAAGGAAAUUCUGGCUUCCUGUGUUUCUUCUUCUGACUAUUUUUACUGGUUGGGGUCAUCCAAUUGUUCUUACAGUAAAAGUUCUUCUUUUUCUCCUGAGCACGAAUCCCAGUCCUUUCUCAGUUUACCUGUUUAUUGAGCAGUUUUUAAAUACAAAACUUCUCUUUUACCACCAACAAUAUAUAAAAGUGACUUCAUUGGUGGCCUGAGACUUGAUUUGACUUACAUCAGAUAUCUAUAGCCAACAUGAGAGAAAUGUGUCUCUCACCAAGCAAUGGUACAGGAAAGUUUACAUAGGGUGAAAGUUUAAUGUUGGGGAGACUAUCUUGGUCCUUUGCCAUUGCCAACCUUAAGAAUGCAAUGACAAAAAACAUUUUUGUUGAGUUGAAGAAUCAGAUCAUAUUUGUCUGCUGAAGUUUAAACAUUAGGCUUGGCCUUUCAUCGUUUUAUACAUCCCCCGUAUCCUUUUCUUCAUUGGUAUGAUUGUCAGAGAAAAAAAAUUGUAACUACAAGCAUCACUCAUUUGAGAUGAAAGCUCAAUACUGUAGAAUGGCUUCUUUUUUGUUUCUCCAGCCUAAGAUCUGGGGAAUAGAUGUCUUGAAUUACACAAUCUUCAUGUAUGAUCUAUGAUGCAUAACUUUUUCAUGAUAAAUGAAAUCUUUUUCCUUC